AUGGCUUACAACCAAACCUAUGCCUCGACGACGGGGCUUCCUCUGUCCUCUUCGGACACGGCCAUGCUAGAGGCGCUGGUGCCGGGGUACACGUUCUUCUCGCGCAUCGCCAUGUCGUACCUCAAAAUUGACCUCACGGCCUACCUCGGCGUGCUGGUCAGCAUGACUGUGCUCGGCGCUUCUCUGCGCUACAGUCUUCACGGAGCCCAGAGUUUCUUCAAGAAGUAUUUCGUGUCGACGGCAGAAAUCCGGCUGGAAGACGAGGUCUUCCGAUAUCUGAUGUACUGGCUGUCGCGGCAAGCGUUCAUGAAACGCACCAACCGGGUCGUGGCGGGGGUCAAGUCCAACGGCUACUGGAACGACGACGAGGGCUCGGGCGACGAAGACAUGCCCGGCGCCGCGGGAGGCGACGAGUGGGACGAGCCCGGGAGCGGGGCCAACGCCAGGUCAUUCGACGACUUCUGGGCCAAGCUGGUCCGCCGCGACAAGUACCGGCGCAUGCGGUUCACGCCGGCGCAGGGACGCCACAUCUUCUGGUUCCGGGGCCAGCCGCUGAUGCUGGAGCGCGAGGAGCGGGAGUCGCCGCUGCGCUGGGUGCUGGACAACGAGCGCCUGUAUCUCUCGUGUCUGGGUCGCAACCCGGCCAUCCUCAAGGCGCUGCUCGCCGAGGCUCAGCAGGCCUUUGUGGAGCGCGACGCCAACCGCACGGUCAUCUACCGCGGCCAGCGCUACUCUGACGGGGGGUCGACCUUUGACUGGAUUCGGUGUAUGGCGCGGUCGCCGCGCCCGCUGUCGACUGUCGUCCUCGACCAUGCCCAGAAACAGGCCUUUGUCGACGACAUCAAGGAGUACCUGCACCCGCGCACCCGCCGCUGGUACUCCAACCGCGGCAUUCCGUACCGCCGUGGCUACCUGUUGCAUGGGCCCCCGGGCACGGGCAAGACCAGUCUAUGUUUCGCGGCCGCAGGCCUGCUGGGUCUGAAACUGUACCUGCUGAACCUGAACUCGCGCACUCUCGACGAAGACAGUCUGGCCGCGCUGUUCUCGGACCUGCCGCGUCGCUGCAUCAUACUCCUCGAGGACGUCGACACGGCCGGCAUCACGCACAACCGAGGCAAGAGCAAGACCUCCGACUCAAAGAACGACGUGGGGCCGGCUGGGCUUGCAGAAGGCAAUGCCUCGUCGGCCGCAGGGGAAAACGGAAAUUCUGGUGUGGAAACCCCCGAGAAGGACGGCAUCACGCUGUCGGGACUACUCAAUGUGAUCGACGGCGUUGCUGCUAGCGAGGGUCGCAUCCUCGUCAUGACGACCAACCACGCCGACAAGCUGGACGCGGCGCUGCUGCGGCCCGGCCGUGUCGACAUGAGCAUUGUGUUUGGGUAUACUACGCGCGCCGAUAUCGAGGAGCUGUUUACCUCCAUCUACGUGACCAUGGAGGGCGACCUGCCCCGUACGUCGGCGUCUCGACGACUCAAUGGCACAUCCAAAGCCGUGGAUGGGGGUGUCGCUGGAAAACGAGAAAUCCCCAAGGCUUCGCCCGAGAAGGUUGACACUUGUACAAGAGAGAAGGAAGAAGAGGAACUCCAGGGACGCAUCGAGGCUUUACGUGUCCGCAUCAAUGCGUUGGCUGCCGAGUUUGCAUCGCUGGUCCCGAGCGGCGAGCUUACGGCCGCUGAGAUCCAGGGCUAUCUACUCAUGCACAAGGACUCGCCUGAAGCGGCUAUCAGUGGAGCGGCGGCUUGGGUGAGUGAAGUGCAGGAGAAGAAGCGGGCGCGCGAGGAGAAGCUUGAUUAG